GGUCACAACAAGAAGUACAUUGGGCACAAAGACAAAGUCACAGAUAUUAAAAGAAUUGUCUAUUCAACUAGGUCGUCCUUGUCGUUUAGAUGAGCUGUUACAACAAAAAGUAUUGUGAAGUUAUGGUUACUAAGUUUGCUAAAGAUCGUGAAAAGUGGCCAGUGUUUGAUAAAGAUGUUUGGGUUCAAGCAUCUGGUGGGGUUCAAAAGGGAGAUCAAUGGACAGGUGUCCCUUUGGAGUUUUCUAAUCCUGAUGCAUUUACUUCAGCGACUAUGACAUCACGGUUGUGUCGACCAAAAGGAGACGGAACUAGAGCAGAGCUGCAUGCAUCAUAUCGAAGAGGAGUGCGUGGCAAUGACCUCACCCAGACGACGAUGAUGGUGGCGUUUGAAAGAGGUCACAACGAAGUUUAGACAAGAGCCGGUGCGGCACACCGUCACAAUGGACGGCCGCCGCAUUUUUGCACCGGAAACGAAGCCCGACUCUACGCCGGAAGUGGGGCGCACGCCACGACGAGUUUUGCGGCUCCUCAUCUACAAUGGGUAUGCCGCACCGCCUCGAAUUUGGAGCAACGGACACAAACCCGGCACCGUUGUAAAUGCCCUUAUUCUACAUAAAAUGUGAAGUAAAUACUCAAUAGACUUAGACAAUGCUA